AUGGAAGACAACGGUGCCUCCGCUGCUCGCAGCAGUCCCUCCCGACGGCGUGGCGACGAAGACGAGUCCAUUCUGCGCUACAUGAUGCACGACCAGAAUCUCUGCCUCAUGGCGUUGCUCGUCCUUGGUGUGCUCACCGUGACCAGCGCGUGCAUCGCCAUUGUCGCAGCCGUUGUUGAGCACUAUUGGACAUCCAUCAACGACGCCGACGUACCGCUGGGAGCCGCCCUCGCUGGAAGCUCGGUCGCCCAACAACAGCACGGUAGGUCUGCCGCUCAAAUCGCCAUGCAACGGCAAUCCGACGAGGACGCGAGCCGCGUCGUCCUCUGUUUCGCGAACUACAGCCUCGCGCCCGGCUCCCCGCACCGUUUCGACGUGGACAACGCGUCGGCCAUACUUUGCGACGGGCACGUCUUCGUCUCCGUGGGUUUAAGCGUAGAACGGAGAGACCUGCGCUUCAAGCGGCCCACGGAAGACGCGGAGGCACUGCACAAAAUGGUCUCGCUCUCGACACCCGCUUGGGCCUGCGUCGGCGGCGAGGCCUCGGACUCGGCCGAAUUCCGCGUUCUGAUGCGCCAGAGGAGAUCGCGGCUAGCGCUCGUGCGCAACGCGGCCUCCUGGUCGCGUCGCAAUGGACUCGCCGGCCUGGUUCUCUACUGGAAGUACCCGACCCUCGAGGAUCGCACCAAUUACAGCACCUUUAUCAACACCAUGCGCGUUGUUUUCGACCAAGAAGCGCUCCGCGUGAGCGUCGUCAUACCGUGGGAGACGGUGAGGCGACGCGACGGUUAUCACAUCCCCGCGCUCUACAGCCGGCUGGAUUUCGUCGUGGUGGACACACACCGGACCGUGAACCCGGCCAUGUUCCCGGUCACCACUUGCCAGAGCCCGAUGCGAGCCGUCUUCAGGGCACGCCACAACGGUCAGAUGGGUCUCUCUUCGGUGCUCGAUGAGCUGUCAAUGAUGACGGAGCACAUGCUCGCCAAGACCAUGCUGAGCGUCUCGUUCGCCAGCGCAACCUUCACCCUGAAGCGACCCUGGAUGAAGAGGUACCGUGUAGGAAUGAGCUCCCUCGGUCCCGGCCGGCCCUUUCGACACACAAAUAGGUCAGGCCUGGCGAGCUACUAUGAGGUGACCGAAGCGUUGAUGCGUAACGCCACGAACUGGCGCCGCGAGAAACACGGCUUCUCGCGCUGCUCCAUGGCCUACUCGGAGGACCAGUGGGUCGGCUUCGAAGACCGCGCCAGUCUACGCGCCAAGCGGCCUGUCGUGCGCAGGACUUCCGGUCUCGCUGUGUGGGACCUGGCCAUGGACGACUUCGCCGGGGACCUGGGUCCUACGUGGCAGCUUCUCCGUGAGGUUCAUGACUUGGUGCACGGCUAA